GGUUCCUUGCGUGGACUUAGCGGGGAAUGGCGCUGCCGCUGCCUGAGGGAGGUCGUCCCGUCUGAAGAGCCGAGGGGGCUCUUGUCGGCCUUCCUGUCCUGUCCCAUCAACAGCGCCGGGAAGGCAGCAAAUGGGCCUCCGGUUAAAAGCGCCGGUGAUGCAUUUAUUGGUCGGUGAAUGGGAGCAAGUAGACAACACGCACGUGGCCGGAACGGGCAGGUGAGCAGCACAAUGGCUGAGAACCCAUCGGAGCAUCCAUCCAGGGGAAUCACCCCCAUGCAGCAGAUGCUGGCAUCUGGGACCGGGGCCCUCUUUACAUCUCUCUUUGUCACCCCUCUGGACGUGGUGAAGAUCCGACUGCAGGCACAAAGGACACCAUUCUCAAAAGUGUUGUCAGUACAGUCUAUGCCCUGGAGUAUUCACCAGCCCAAAUGGAAAUGCUUCCUUUACUGCAAUGGCCUCAUGGAUCAUCUGUAUGUGUGCCAGAACGGGAACAGCUGUACAGCCUGGUACAAGACCCCCACCCGAUUCACAGGAACUUUGGAUGCUUUUGUGAAGAUCAUACGCUACGAGGGCGUCCGAUCUUUGUGGAGUGGCCUACCACCCACUCUAGUGAUGGCUGUUCCUGCCACUGUGAUCUACUUCACUAGUUAUGAUCAACUGCGUGACUUCUUGCGUGCCAAAAUGGACAGCCAGGGGCGCUACAUCCCCCUGGUGGCUGGAGCCAUUGCUAGAUUGGGUGCAGUAACAGUGAUCAGCCCCUUGGAACUCAUCCGGACAAAGAUGCAAUCCCGCCAGCUGAGCUAUCGUGAGCUGCAUGCAUGCAUUCAGUCUUCUGUGGCCCAAGACGGCUGGCUCUCUCUCUGGAGGGGCUGGGGACCUACAGUGUUGCGGGAUGUGCCCUUCUCAGCUCUGUACUGGUACAAUUAUGAGCUGGUGAAAGACGCGCUUUGCAGACGAUUCCAUCUCAAGGAGGCCAGCUUCACGGUCAGCUUUGCAGCUGGUGGCAUUUCUGGCAUGGUGGCUGCUGUCCUGACACUACCUUUUGAUGUGGUCAAAACCCAGCGGCAGAUUGAGCUGGGAAACAUGGAAACGCUCCAAGUUACAGCUUCCAAAUCUUCCACCUGGCUGCUUAUGCGAAGGAUUCAGGCAGAAUCUGGCACUCGUGGACUCUUUGCAGGUUUCCUGCCUCGUGUCAUCAAAGUGGCUCCAGCCUGUGCCAUCAUGAUCAGCACAUACGAAUUUGGCAAGGCCUUUUUCCAGAAGAUGAACCAGGAACAGCAGCUCAGCAGCUUGUGAGCUCCAGGCUGAAAAGCUUCAAACAGAAUCCUUGAAACAGGCCAAAACCAUAUGGAUUUGGGGCGAGGGGUUCAGCAGGGCAAGAGGAGUUGGUGAAUGAGGCUAAUGGCUAUUCUCGGCCAAGAUUGAGAAGGCCAGACCCAGGAAACAUCGUACACACUUUACUUCUUUAGGUGCCUUCUCAUUAGCUUCUGCACUCUUCUCUUCCUGGGAGACUGUUUGUGGGAUUGUCAUGAUUUUCCCUUCACCUUAGAAUCAUGUAGUCGAGUUGUUAAUCUGUUGUACCUUUCCAGCUUUCCUGUAUCCUGCUGAAGAACGGGGCUCUGCCCAUAAGAAACUGAGCAGACGCCCACAGUUAAAUCUGAUUUGCUAUAAAGCCCCAAACAGAAUGUGGUGUGCUUUGGGAGGAAGGUGAAAGGAAGAGGAGGAGCAAGGAUAGCCUUGGCAUUCCAGAAGAAGAGGGGAGCCUUCUGCACCACAUCCCUCUUUAGUGGCCCUUCAUAGAAACUUUAAGCCAUAGACAAAGGGGCAUCUCAACCUUAAUUUUUUUUGGCUUGCACACCUGCUGUUCUCUUAUAUAACAUUGUGUACAUGCAACAAACAUGCUGGCUCAAAGUGCAGCCCUACAAUGGACUUUUUGAAGUUCUAGAUAGAGACACUGGUUUGGCUACUCAGGAUUGAAUAACCCCUCCCCCCACCUUCGUCUUUUCUCCACCAUUCCCCCACACCCCUACGGAGAGCUUGAAUUCUUCAUGCCUUAGGUAGCAGUAGCACGGGCACAAAGCCAUUAAACGGUGUGCUUCCUCCCAAACGUUUGCACCCUUAAUCUUCUAUAUACAAGCAGGAGCGAAGUCUCAACGGACCCAAGGGUUGGAUGGCACCAGAGACUUCAAGUAGCACCCUUUUAACAGCCUGUUGUACCCUUUUCUCUGUUAAUUUAUGUGCCUGCUACUUAGUUCUCGUGAAGAAGAUCCUGAACUUGUUUCUUAAAUAAAGUUAAUUUUUUUUUAAAAA